UGGCCGGCUAAAUCCGUCUAGGGCUUUUGAGAAGUUUUCGUAUCUUAGCAUCCGUGUGAGCCCUCUUGUUCGGCAGUCGGCUGGGUGCUUGUUCUCCUCGAAGAUCUAUUAUGAGGAGGUACAGUCCUGGUUACUAUAGCCCUCCAAGAAGGGGAUAUGGUGGCAGAGGAAGAAGUCCUAGGAGAGGAUAUGGUGGUCGCAAGGAUCAAAUACAGGGGAGUCUUUUAGUUCGAAAUAUACCACUGAAUUGCAGAACUGAAGAACUUCGUGUUCCAUUUGAAAGAUUUGGUCCAAUAAGGGAUGUCUACAUACCAAAGGAUUAUUAUUCUGGGGAGCCACGGGGCUUUGCUUUUGUGCAGUUUGUUGAUCCAUAUGAUGCUGCUGAGGCACAAUAUCACAUGAAUCGACAAAUCUUUGGCGGUAGGGAAAUUGCUGUUGUUGUUGCUUCAGAAACAAGGAAGAGGCCUGAAGAAAUGAGGAGAAGAACUAGGGCCAGGGCAAGUAGUGGCUAUGAUGGUGGCCGCUCUUCAUAUUAUGGGCGCUCACGAUCUCGUUCAGUUUCUCGAUCACAGUCUCCACGCCGCCCAUCUAACCCAAGGAUGCGACAUUGGUCGAGAUCAUACUCUCCUGCACCAAAGCACAGGGAUGACCAUUCUCCAUCACCGAGAAGGCAAUCAGCUCAUUCAAGAUCCCCUAGGGGAUACCCGUCUCAAGGACGCAAUGAAAAGCAAAGCCGUAGAUCGUACUCUCCAAAACACGGUGAUGGUAAUAGAAAGCAGGUUGAUCACGACAACCUCUCAGCUUCACUGAGAGGAAAGCUGGCACGACACUCAAGAUCCCCUUUAGACUAUCGAGGGGGACACAGUGAGGAUCGAAGGCACCGAUCUUACUCACCAAGGGGUGAUACUGUUGGUAGGAAUGGAGCUCCUUAUGAUUAUGACAAGGAACCAAGGCGCCCCUCAUAUUCAGCUUCUGGUUCAAGAUCUAGAUCUAUUGACGUAUCUCCUGGGCACAAUCGCUAAACAGGUGUAAUAUAGCACUAUUGGACUAACAUUAUCUCAGUUCACUGGAGCUCUAAACUUUGGAGAUUAAGAACAGUUUUCGUCCUUUUUUUUAUCAUGAAAUAACACUUUAUCUGCUUCUUUUGCAAACUUUAGCCUUGAGACCUUAUUGUGGAAUUGUAGCGAGCUCUUCUCUGAGCAUCUUUGUGAGAAAUUAAUGCACUGACUUUUGAAAUUGGCCAUAUAAUGUCUUGCUUUAAUGCACUUAUGAGAAUGCUCCAGAAAAAAAAGGGGAUUAUGAUUACUGUUCUGAAGAGUGUCUUCUUUUGUUCUCUCAGAUAUAUAAUAUUUUGAUUUAUGUGAACAACAUGAGCAAAAUUGUUU